AUGGAAAACAGCCAGCAAGGGGGCCAAGGGCAAUCGGGGGCGUACCCCGGUGCGGCGGCCGGAAGUGCAGGUGCAGGUGCAGGCGCUCCCCCCUUCCAGCAUCUCCUCCACCAGCAGCAGCAGCAACUGCAGAUGUUCUGGUCGUACCAGCGGCAAGAGAUCGAGCACGUCAACGACUUCAAGAACCACCAGCUUCCCCUCGCCCGCAUCAAAAAGAUUAUGAAGGCCGACGAGGAUGUCCGCAUGAUCUCCGCCGAGGCCCCAAUCCUCUUUGCCAAGGCCUGCGAGCUCUUCAUCCUCGAGCUCACCAUCCGCUCCUGGCUCCACGCCGAAGAGAACAAGCGCCGCACCCUCCAGAAGAACGACAUCGCCGCCGCCAUCACCCGCACCGACAUUUUCGACUUCCUUGUUGAUAUCGUCCCGCGCGACGAGAUCAAGGACGAUGCUGCGCUCGUCGGCGCCACUGCUAGUGGUGUGCCCUACUACUACCCUCCCAUUGGCCAGCCUGCCGGCAUGAUGAUUGGCCGUCCCGCCGUUGAUCCCGCCACCGGGGUUUACGUCCAGCCCCCGUCCCAAGCCUGGCAGUCCGUCUGGCAGUCCGCCGCGGAGGACGCAUCCUAUGGUGGCGCUGGGGGAGCUGGUGCCCAGGGGAGCAUUGAUGGCCAGAGGUAA